CCACGCACGUGCAUGUAGUGAUGCACAUCAACUUCGUAAAACUCGAGAGAAUUUUUAUCUAGAAAGACCAUACUACGUAAACAUUCAAUAUUCUAUUUCUAUGCAUGAAUAAGCACACAAAACAAACGUAACGGCCGUCCAAAAAGGUCCAAGUAGAAAGUUGUCUCCCUUCUCUCCUUCAUUUAAUCUCUGUAAUGUCCAUACCCCUAAGAAAGUAAGCCAUGAUCAUGGUUCCCCAUUUCCUCCUUCUCAUAGCUCUCUUAACCACAUCUCUUCCCGAUAUCUCCAUAGAAUCAAGCCUCAUGUACCCUUUUACAUGCCCUCCUGACACCACCAAAACAUGUGAUGCAUAUCUCUACCACAUAUCAAGGGGCCUUACAAUAGAAGAGAUUGCAUCCUACUACAAAGUAGACACAUCCAAAAUCAGUCCCAUAAGCCAUGGAGCCAAACAACAAGAUUACCUUAUAUCAGUUCCAUGUAUGUGUAACAGCAUCAACAACACGGAAAUCUACUUCUACGACAGCCUCUACACCGUCCGGCUGAAUGAUACGUUCGAGGACGUGUCGGACUACUUUUACAGUGGUCAAGCUUGGAGGGAUGAAAGUGAGAAGACCUUGUAUAUUGAUGAAGUGAUUUCUAUACAUCUGUUGUGUGGGUGUUUGGGCGGCAAUUCUCAGGUUGUGGUCACAUAUACGGUGCAAAAUCAUGAUUCGUUGAGUGGGAUUGCUAAUCUGAUGAAUUCUAGCAUUGGUGGGAUUGAAAGCUUGAAUUGGAGACUGACACAGAAUCCAUCGGAUAUAGAUGUUGGAUGGGUGCUUUUUGUGCCCAUGGAGAAUGUUGGGGUGCAACCUUCUAAAGGAGGUAAAAAGAACAAGAUGCUGCUAAUCAUUGGCAUAAUGGUACCUGUAGCAUUCCUUGUAGCAGUAUUGGUGGGAGUGUUCCUUUACAGGAGAAACCGAUCACAUUCCGAUACAGUCAAAAAUCCUAAAUCAGUUUCAAAAAGCUUGAGUGCUAGAAACAUCGCUUCGUUGCAGACCCAAUACAUGAAAGGAGCUAAUAUGGAAGAUGUGACGGGUUUUGAGUCUGAAAGACCUGUAAUAUUUGGCUUGGAUGUGAUUGAAGAAGCAACGGCAAAUUUCGAUGAGAUGAGAAAAAUCGGAGAGGGCGGAUAUGGAAGCGUAUAUUUCGGUAUAUUAGCAGACCAGGAAGUUGCAAUUAAGAAGAUGAAAUCUAGCAAAUCCAAGGAGUUCUUCGCCGAGUUGAAAGUGUUAUGCAAAAUACAUCACAUAAAUGUGGUUGAGCUGAUUGGAUACGCAAGUGGGGAUGACCACCUCUAUUUGGUCUACGAAUAUGUUCAGAACGGCUCGCUCAAUGAGCAUCUUCAUGACCCCUUACUGAAAGGUCAUCAGCCUCUCACUUGGAAUGCAAGAGCACAAAUAGCGCUCGAUGCUGCAAGGGGAAUCGAAUACAUUCAUGAUCAUACAAAGGCCCGCUAUGUACACCGUGACAUAAAGACAAGUAACAUUUUACUCGAUGAAGGACUCAGAGCAAAGGUUGCAGAUUUUGGAUUGGCAAAACUCGUAGAACGUAGUGGUGUUGAAGAUUGCAUUGUGACGCGUUUGGUUGGAACUCCCGGCUACCUUCCACCUGAGUCUGUUCGUGAGCUACAAACGACGUCUAAAUCAGAUGUCUUUGCAUUUGGGGUGGUUUUAGCAGAACUCACAACGGGUCAGCGAGCUCUGAUUCGGGAUAACAGGGAACCGAACAAGAUGAAAUCAUUGAUCUCACUUGUUUAUGAAAUAUUCAGAGAAGAAGAACCAGAGAAGGCUUUACGAGAUGUAAUAGAUGGGAAUCUCAAGGGCAGCUAUCCAAUGGAGGAAGUACACAAGAUGGUUGAAAUCGCUGCAUGGUGUUUGAGUGAAGAUCCAGUGAACCGACCGGACAUGCGGGAGAUCGUCGUGAAGCUGUCAGAUAUCCUGAUGGGCUCUGUUGAGUGGGAGGCAUCACUUGGAGGUAAUAGUCAGGUUUUCAGUGGCAUCUUCAAUGGAAGAUGA